ACCAUAACAUUACGGACAUUAUCAAUAGUUCAAUGUUACGAACGAAAAAUAUUUGAAUGACGUAUUCAUUAUUUCUCGAUAACCAACAUUGUUUCUAAGUUCAUAGUAUACACACCGCCGAAAUAAUAAUUACUGUAAAAACUACAAAGCUAAGAUUCGUUCAUUUACGUUAGGUAUAAAUUAAUUUUGUUGAAAUACCUAUUAUUCUAUUCUAGUUUGAUGUUUAGGCUUAAAGCUUAAAGAAAAUGAUUUACUAUCCCUUUUUCCUAUUAAGUGCAUAUUUGUUGAGUUCAGUUCAAUGUUUGUAUUUCCAUAUUGGCGAAACAGAACGUAAAUGUUUCAUCGAAGAGAUUCCUGAUGAAACCACCGUAGUCUCACAUUAUAAAGUAGAACUCUUUGAUGUGAGGACCGGUGGUUUCACUCCACCAACCCCUGGCAUUGGUAUGAACGUUGAAGUCAAAGAUCCAGAUAUGAAAAUAAUUUUAUCCCGGGUUUACAGUUUCGAAGGUAAAAUAUCAUUUACAUCUCACAUACCUGGUGAGCACAUUAUAUGUUUGUAUUCCAAUACUACUGCAUGGAUUGGAGGAACACAAUUGAGAGUCCAUUUGGAUAUCCAAGUUGGUGAUCAGGCUAUUGAUUAUGCUCAAGUAGCUCAAAAAGAAAAACUUUCAGACUUACAACUCAGGAUCAGACAACUAGUGGAACAAGUUGAACAGAUCAUCAAGGAACAAAGCUAUCAAAGAUUCCGGGAGGAGAGAUUUCGUCAAACCAGUGAGAGUACCCAUCAACGAGUUUUCUGGUGGUCACUUUCACAGUUAUUCAUACUUUUGAUCAUGGGUUUCUGGCAAAUGCGUCACUUAAAAAGUUUCUUUGAAGCUAAAAAACUUGUUUAAAUUAAUAAUUGAAUGUUUUAACAAAAAUAUAAACCCAUCCUCAAAUGUAUUUUUGUACAUUUUGUAUAUACCAUAAAAAAAUGAUGUACUCUUUAUAACUAUUAUUAAUUCAUGAUUUUUCUGAAUAUAUGAAUGGUUAGAA